UAAUGAAGAAACAGUUUUUAGUGUUUAUAUGAUGGAAGUAUUAAAUUUCAAAAAGCUUCGAUAAUUAAUAAUCUUUUAAAAAUACUGAACAUGGCUAAUGUAGAAUAUGAUUUGGAUACUUCAAAGGGCUUGAUGCCGCAAAUUCAGAGCCUCAUAGCCCCUCCAAUAUUAGAAGAAAGUGCCAAAAAGAAGAAAGAACGUGAGCGUGAGAGACGAUAUCGAAGACCUGGCAGAUCCGUGAACCACGAUUCCUGCGAUGGUUGCAAAGAAGGCGGCGAUUUAAUUUGUUGUGAUCGUUGCCCUGCAGCAUUCCACUUGACUUGCCAUGAUCCACCUCUAUCUGAAGAGGAUUUACCAUCUGGUGAAUGGCUGUGUCACAGGUGCAAAACAACAUCUGAAGUAGAUGAACAUAAUGCUUCCAGUAACCAAUCCGGUGGAGUGGAAGACUCGGAUUCUAUAAAUGAGCUUGACAUCUAUCCAAGACACCCAGCAGAAUUUUCUGCAAUGGACAUUGAUAAUGAAAUGAUGAAUCCACUUGAUGUGCUCAUUUCUGCAGCAACAACAAGAAAUCCUACACAAUAUCAAUUACCUAUUGAACUGGCAUGUACUGUGCAACUUCCAGGUUCUAGCAAAAAGUCUAAACCAAGAGAUAAUAGGAAUUCCAAACGAGUACCUCAUGAGCUGGAUUCUGGGCUUGUACAUUUACCUGCUAAACUUUGCUAUCAAUGUAAAAGGAGCUGCCGCAAAGCACCUCUUAUUCAGUGCGACUAUUGCCCACUUCUGUUUCAUACAGAUUGCCUGGAUCCUCCCUUGACAAGCUUGCCUACGGGAAGAUGGAUGUGUCCUAACCAUGCUGAGCAUUUAGUGGAUCAAAAACUUCUUACUUCUGUCAGUUUAUCUGAACGAGUGAAAUUGUGGGACAAAUUUUCAGGACCGAUAUCUCAAGAUGCAAUCAAAUUGCAUUUUCUGAAUAAGGUUAAUAAACGUCAUCCACCAUUUAGACGUAAAGUCAAACUGCCUCCUAGGAAAAGUAUAGUUGUUCCGAAACCCAUAACACAACAAUAUAGCUGUCCUCCUUUAUUGCUUCCUCGUUUAAAGGAUUCUUUGUUAUAUGGGGGAAAUCCUUUCUUUUCAUCAGCUUCAUCAAAUGCAUUUUCUACUGAAGAAGAAUCUGAGUGGCUAUCCAGCUUAGUUUCAUUUCAAACAAAUGUUGCCAAACAUGUUGCUGUUCAUCCAAACCAGACUUAUUCAAAUCAUAAAUCUCAUACUUCAUUUGACAUGGAUUGUGAACCAUCAUUGCCUGACAAUAAAUUCUCUCUUAGUAAUUCUAAUUGCUUUCAUAAUAAUAAAAUAAAUAUGUCCCAGAAUAGCCCAAAUUUUGAAUCUGCAUCCACUAAUGGAGAAACAGAAUCAUUGAUUUUGGAUACAAAGGUCAAAUGUGAAUCAUCAUGCAAAGUUUGCAAGAAAUCGUCAACUAAUAAAAUAAACAAUGUCUCUAGUUUAUCUAAAACUCCAAAAAAUUCUUCAGCUACGAACCAGUCUUGCAUAUCGCACCAGUGUUCAUCUUCGCUCAAUGCUCAUCAGACAAAACCAUCACCAAUGCAUUUUAGUGGCACUAAUGCGACUCGAGGGUUUUCUUUGAAGACUUCCUUACAAGAUAAACUGAAUUCCAGUAACUGUGAUCUGCCACCUCAAAUGAUAAUGUCACUGUGGUCUGACCUUCAAACUUGCAUUGAUAACAGUGAUGAAUUUGAGCUCAAUAAGUUGGACGAAAAAUUACUGCACUUAUUAGCAUAUCAGAGGCUGCAACAGUUGUUUCCAAAAAAAAAAUGCAAAACAGCCAUUGAAAAAAUAAAUGGAGAUGCAUCUGCUGAAGUUCGUGGUCGUGCUGUUGUCUGUCCAGUAGAUAUGCGAGGCUUGACUGUCCCCAUGUGCUACAGAUCGCUUCAUUUUGGAUUAGGUGCUGAUAAUGAUGUAUGCUUCUCAAAUUAUGGACACUGUAAUUAUCUAUCUGCAAAACAUGCUUCCAUAUUUUAUGAUGAAAUCACCAAGCGCUAUGAACUUAUCAACUACAGCUAUUAUGGCACCAUUGUUGAUAAUGUACUUUACAGUUCAGAUAUAUCAGAUAAACAACGAUGUCCACCACCCCCUAACUCUUUGUCAGCUGCUGUACGUAAGUUGGCACGUUCGACACCUCGUAUGGCCGAACUCCCAUCUCCCAUACCAGUUACUCAAAAACCUGUCAUCAUUGCAAGAGGAAAGCAGCAUUCCCAUCCUUGUAAAUGCAAAACUGUGCCAUCAAAUGUUGUAGAAGAAGCUGGUUGGGAAGGUACAGCCUUGUUGCAUCAUGGCAGUUGCAUCCAAUGUGGCUGCCUGCAAUUUGUAUUCAGCAUCACAGAAUAUGGCUUCAGGAUAGACAAUGUAGAGGAGAAUAAAUCAUGACUUUCUUCAAAAUGAACAAAGGAAUGAAUCCAACUAUUGGGUCUGUGGAUGCAAAAGAAUGUCAGGCCUACCUACAAGCAAUUUUUUUCUAUAGGAAGUAAGCAAUGAAUUUGAAAGCUUAUCACAUCAGUGGAUUGGAAGAAUCAAUUUAAAAAGCAAGCUGAUGAUUUCCUCACCCUCACUGCUAAAAGUAAUUAAUAUCAUUGUGGUAUUAAAGUCAAACCAGGUUGUUUUAGGUUUGAAGAGCAAGAGUCUCAUAAGUCUUUGUUGACCUUAGCUGCUUAGCAUCUGAAGCAAAGCAGCUUUUUACCAUAGUAAGUGAGGAGGUAUUACUAAUUUGCUCUGAAAUGACUUUCCCGAUCUAUUGGUGUGAAAAGGUCACAAAUAAUGUCCAAUCUCCUUUUGUGAAUCAGAUUAUUGAUGAUAUAAAAGCUGCCAAUUAAAAAAGAAUGUGGAAUGAUUAAGCUUACAUUCUCAUAUAUAUUGACUUUGAAUUGAAACUAUUAUUUUGAAAGAAUUCUCAAAUCUUUAUUUGUAUUGAAGAAUAUUUGUAUAUUUUUCACUCUGAAAGAAGAGAGGAUUCCUCCAUUAAAUCAGAUAUAAAAUAUAUUUUCUUUUAAAAAUGCCUUUUUAAAUAGUAAAUUUCAUCAGAACUGUUUUUGCCCUGUGAAUACAAUAAUGCUCAUUUUUUUUCUUGUUCUGAAUGAAAUUUUUAUUACAAAGAGUUCCUCUAAUUUAUAAUAUGAAGUGAUUGUUCCUGUUGAAAUACUUUUACAUGAAGAAUUGUCUGUUAAUUUUGUGCAACGUAAUAGUGAUUCUUAACCUUUAGAAUUUCCCUUCCUUACUAAUCAGACUAUCUAAGUGAAAUGGAUUGCUAUCAUGUUAUGAAUAUUUCUGCUACUAGGUAUUUAAAUAAAACUGACAAAAUGUGGCAGAGUGUUGCAACAUUAGACAACUUGAUGAUUUGUAAUCCUUGGAUGCUUAUAAUUUUGGAGAAAAUUUUUAUUAUUUUGUUUAUCAAAUGCAAGCUUACUUCUGUAACUCAUGGUUAAGCUCUAAAUUCUCAAAAUAAUUGGUUUAUUGUUGUUUAGUUGUAAUACUGACCAUGGUAUAAUGAUUUGCACAUUUGUUGAAUCAUUUUCUAUUGGUAAAACAUGCACUUUCACCAUCUGUGCAAAAUUAAACCUGAUUUUACAUGUCGUAUAUUUUAUGUACUAUAGAAUUACAAAUGCUUUCUCACUUUGCCUAGAAUUUUGCCAUUUAUAUUGGGGAACUUGCUUAUUAAAUGUAUCUUAUGUUUUGGGACAAAAGUUUUCUUUUUGUCUUUCAGGGCCUUGAAUAAACAAAAUGAAUGUUUGUAUGAUUCAAAUAUUCAAAUUCUCUAUUUUAAAUAAUUACUCUAGUUUUAAUAUUGAUUUUGAAUUUAGACUUAGGUUUUGUAAAAGGAUUAAAUGCUGUAAUUCUUUCUUUUCAAAAUUAAAAUGCAUUUAAAUAAGAUUCUUUCCAUAUAUCUUUUGUAAUAUUUCUUCAGUAAAAAAAGUAUUUAUGUAAAAAUUUUUUUCUUAAUAGUAUAUACAUGGUCAAGUACUAUCUUAUGCUUUAUUACUAGCAUGUUGUAAUUAAAAAAUUCUUUUCACUUUGGUGCUGUGAUAAAAACGAACUGUACAAAACAUUUUAGCAAUAAAUAUCUGUAUUUCAUUCUUCAGGUUAAGAAUUGCCACAGCUUAAAAUUCUUUCAUCCCUAGGACAUGAUCUUCUGUGAUGCAUUUAAGGUGUUGUAAAAUUGAUUUUAAAGAGAAAUGCACAACAGUUGUGAUUUUAAGACCUUGCACCGCUAUGUGUAUAAAUGUUUAAGUGCCAGAGAAAUUGUCUGUUUUCCGUGCAAACAGUGUACAUAAAUUCAAUCACCUGCAUUUAACAAGAUGCAAUAUGACAAAUAUAUUCAUCCCCAUUUCCUUAUGUGGAGGAUUUUACUGUUUAGAAGGGAGACAAAAAUCAUAUUUAACUCAUCAUAUUACGAUGUUUGUACAAAAUCUUUGUUGAAUUAAAUGUCAUUUUGUAGAGCAUUUCAUUAUGUCUGUAAUAUCUGUAUAUAUACAUCUGUGUAUAUAAAUAUAUGUACAAUGCAUUUUAAAUUUGUAAUUAGCAUUUUAUUGUAUUCUUCUCCUGAAAAAAUUCAGGAAUCAAAGUUGUUUCUGGAGUAUAACUUUUUAUGAAAAAUUCUAAAGUUUCAGCUUUUUUCACUUGUAAUAG